AUGAAUGACAAGCUCGUGGAAACUGUCCAUACGGUCGGGGCUAAGUUCUGCAAGACCCGCCGCAGAAGAACACAAAAACUCUCCGAUCACACUCUUAAUCUCUUGGCUGUUAGACGGGAGAUGAGGCUGCAAUCGUCAACAGAUUUAACAGCAUACAGACAACUGAACAGACAGAUUUCCAACUGUAUGCGGCGAGACUUACGCAACUUUAAUACUGCUCGUAUUAAAGAAGGGAUCGAAUGGAACCAGGGCUCCAAAGUCUUUGCCAGAGAUCUGUCUGCCAGAAAAAGCCAACUGUUAAAGCUAAAAACUGAGUGUGGCAGCAUCGUUUCCGGAACACAUGAGAUUUUGAGUGAGAUUGAGAGGUUCUAUGGGCAGCUGCACACAUCAUCGUUGGAGCCACACGCAAGUGUGAGUAACGAUCCAGAAGCAAGUCUUAUCCGACACUAUUCCGAUGAUAUCCCGGACGUCAGUCUGAGCUAG